AAUCUUCCCUCCGCAACCAAAGGACCCAAGACCCGGCAGUACCACGUCGUAGUGGACAUCCUAGCUGGCUAGCUUGGCUUAGGUUCGGUUUCUGGAGCGGCGGUAAUGGUAGUAGUACAUGAUUAAAAAGGCAGACGACCCCAUUGGCGACACAUCCGAGCGAGGACUGACCUCACGAACUGCUAUUGUUACUAUUAUUGCAGUCUGUAGUUGUUUGUUUGGCUGUUUGUUUGUCGUUGCCAGGUUUUUAAGAAACUAUAUCAAAAUACCCAAGUACCUCACUUUUUUUUUUUUUUGGUGUACUCUUGACCUUCCAACUGGACCUACCUUUUUUUUUUAUAGAGAAGAUCAGAAAAAAAAAGGGAAAGUGAGGGGCAGUAGGGUCCUUCUAAGUUAAGGCUCAAUACCUUAUUCUUGUCGUCUUACCUCACUUAGGAAAUUACAUACCAAUAAGCGGUUUCCUCAACUCAAAUUUACAAGCAAAGAAAGGGAAAAUACAUACGUCUUCAAACCUACCUUUGCCCUAUAGCAUCAAAGU